AUGAACAUGAUCAUGGAUAAUAAUCACCACCUUAGCCAGCCGCAACAGCAGGGCACACCGCCGCUGCCGUCACCGCAACGCGCGGACUUAUGUGUCUCGACAACGCCUACAAGUGAGUCGCUCAGUCCGCUUGCAAGUAAUAACAACAACAACAAUGACACACAAGUUUCACCUGUGCCGACUGCAACGCAUCUGAGCAAUGGUAAAACGACAUUAAAACGCUCUUUCGAUGUGGCUUUUUUGAUGAUGCCCGACGAACGUUUCAAACAGAAGCAGACCGAUAAGCAGGCACGUCUAUUAGAAUAUGCUGAACAUCAUCAAUGUCCGACAGACUUAUCACCGCGCACCACACAAAAUUCGCCACCACAAAAUCAGCAUCAUCAUCAUCAUCAGCAGCAGCAGCAGCAGCCACACACACACCACUCCCCAAUCAAUCCGAUUGAGUCAGUUUUCAACAUACAAGAGGCACGCCGCUAUCCACAGAUCACCAUACGCUCGCCGCGCAUUUACGAUGACCCUACACUGGUCAUUCCUGCCGACAGAGAGUCGCCAGAGGGGCUGCCCUUAAAAAGCGCCUUCACUAAAGUCUGCUCCAUGCGCUUAGAGUCGCCUGUGUCGCAACCUGCGCCACCACUUAGCCCCGAUCAAUUGAGCUGUUCGUCAAUGAGUCCGCCCAUGGCCACAACGCCACCACGCACCAACAGCGGUGGCAACGGAAGCCUCUCGAAUGGCAGCAGCGGCAGUUCAGCGCCAUGUCUCAAUCCAAAUAUUAUCUAUCAAAAUUUUCGACCUGAGUACCAAUUCAAUGGCGCAUUCCAGUCCGUCAAUCACGUGCAUAUGCUUCAGGCGCAACGGCUCAAGCAGCAACUACUGUAUCGCACGCCACUGAAUGCCACAGCUGCUGCAGCACUCGCAACCACCAACAAUGCACCGGGCCAGGCCACCAACGGUGUGAACUCCAAUCAGGUCGGCGUGCCGCCAGAGUUUCUUCACAAUUACUCUGCAUUUCCAUUCCCUGGUGGACCGCCUCACCCUUUCACUGCUGUUGCGCCACCUGAACUGCCACGAAUCGCACAGCAUCCCGCGGCUGCGGCAAUUCUCACUACACUCAUACCGCCAACAUUGGCGUCCACAUUUUCAUUGACAGCGCAAAAUGUUUGCGCCAAAUGCAAUAUAAGCUUCCGCAUGACUAGCGAUCUCGUCUACCAUAUGCGUUCGCAUCACAAGAGUGAGGUCGCUUGCGAUCCAAAUCGGCGUAAGCGUGAAGAGAAAUUGCGCUGCCCAGUGUGCCAUGAGACUUUCCGCGAACGUCAUCAUCUCACGCGGCACAUGACUGCCCACCAGGACAAGGAGAGCGAUCAAGUGACACCGACUGGGUCGUUGCGGCGCGAAAGCCCAGAGCGAGUCAAUAGCGGCAGUGCACGCCAUCAAGCGGCGCGCGUUGCGAACGUCGGUAAAUGA